AUGAGCUACGCCAAACGAGACGAAGACAGCGUGAACCGAUUUGGUAUACUUUAUCAUAUCGACAAGACGGCUGUCCUGCAAGAAGCACGCGUGUUCAACGAUACACCCAUCAACCCAAGAAAAUGCCGUGUGUUGCUCACCAAAAUCAUCUACUUGUUGUACUUGGGAGAACCAUUCAACACCAAAGAGGCCACGGAUCUCUUUUUCAACGUGAUUAAACUCUUUCAAUCCAAGGAUACCUCGCUUCGACAAAUGAUGUAUCUCGUCAUCAAAGAACUCUCGGGCGUUGCAGAGGAUGUCAUUAUGGUCACGCAAUCUCUCAUCAAGGAUAUUCAAUCCAAGCAAGAAACUAUAUACCGUGCAAAUGCCAUUCGUGCAUUGUGUCUUAUCACUGAUCCAUCCAUGAUUCAAGGCAUUGAACGUAUUCUCAAGGCAUCUAUUGUUGACAAGAAUCCAUCCGUGUCAUCCGCUGCACUUGUAUCCUCCUAUCACCUUUUCAAUGUGGCCAAGGAUAUUGUACGUCGUUGGUCAAAUGAGGUGCAAGAGGCUGCCAAUCCAAAGUCGUCCGGUUCUGGAUUUUCCUCAGCUGCCAGCUACAUGUCCAGCUUUGGUGGUAACGCUGCCAGUCAAUCACAAGUGGUCAUUUCCACCAGCAACUGUACACAAUAUCAUGCCUUGGGUCUCUUGUAUUUGAUUCGUGAACGCGAUCGUAUGGCGGUGGCCAAGCUUGUUCAAACAUUUGCAGGCUCACGUGGUGGAGGAAUGUUUGGUGGUGGUGGCGGUGGAAGCCCUCUCAAGAACCCAGCUGCUGUAUGUCUCUUGAUUCGUUAUGCAUGCAAAGUGAUGGAAGAUGAUCCAAGUGCCACACAACGUAUCUAUGAAUUGUUGGAAGGAUUCUUGCGACAUAAGAGUGAUAUGGUCAACCUCGAAGCUGCACGUGCUAUUUGCGCCAUGCCUGAUGCAUCUUCCAAGGAACUUUAUCCUGCCAUUUCAGUUCUUCAACUCUUCCUUUCAUCACCCAAGCCAACUUUGCGAUUUGCAGCCAUUCGCAUCUUGAGCAACCUUGCCAUGACCAAACCAGCUGCUGUCUCACCAUGCAAUCUCGAUAUGGAAAAUCUUAUCACCGAUCAGAACCGCAGCAUUGCCACAUUUGCCAUUACGACUCUCCUCAAGACCGGCAACGAAGCCUCUGUGGAUCGCUUGAUGAAGCAAAUCAGUGGAUUUAUGAGUGAGAUCUCGGAUGAAUUCAAGGUCAUUGUUGUCGAUGCUAUCCGCUCCUUGUGCCUCAAGUUCCCUACCAAGCAAGCUGUCAUGUUGACUUUCCUCAGCAGUGUUUUGCGUGAUGAAGGUGGUUACGACUUUAAAAAGACUGUGGUCGAAGCUAUCUUUGAUAUGGUCAAAUACAUCUCUGAUAGCAAGGAUGCAGCUCUCUCGCAUCUCUGUGAGUUUAUCGAAGAUUGUGAAUUUACCAAGCUUUCCGUACGCGUUUUGCAUGUGCUCGGUGUUGAAGGUCCCAAGACGGCUACGCCUACAAAGUACAUUCGUUACAUUUACAACCGAGUCAUUUUGGAAAACUCCAUUGUUCGUGCCGCUGCUGUCAACGCUCUUAGCAAAUUUGGUACCAAUGUGGACGACGAGUCUGUCAAGCAAAGCAUCCGUGUUCUUUUGACUAGAUGCUUGGAUGAUACCGAUGAUGAAGUGCGUGACCGUGCUGCUAUGGCACUUGCUCUUUUAGAAAAUGCGGGAUUGGCCAAGGAGUAUCUCAAGGAUGACGCCACAUUUGCCCUCCCAACCUUGGAACGUCAGCUUGCUGAAUAUGUGAACAACCCAUUGAACAACGAUCAGCCUUUCGAUUUGACAUCCGUGCCAGUUAUUAGUAAAGCCCAAGAGGAAGAAGAGCAGCGCCGUAUCCGUACACAAGAUGCUUCUCCUAUUCCCAUGGUUAAGACGCCAUCCACAAACAUGCCUGGUACUCCCGGUACCCCUACAAUCCCUGCUGCAGCUGCAGCUGCUGCUUCUCCUGUAUCGGCUCUCGAUCAGCAAGCUGUUUAUGCAGAACAACUCGCAGCCAUUUCCGAAUUUGCUUCGUUCGGUACUCUCUUCAAGAGCUCUACUAAGCCUGUCGAAUUGACCGAGAGCGAGACUGAAUACGUGGUUCAUUGCGUCAAACACACCUUUGCCAAACACCUCGUGUUCCAAUUCAAUUGCACCAACACGCUCAACGAUCAACUAUUGGAAAAUGUGUACAUGAUUAUGCAACCUGAUAUGGAUGAUUGUGGAUUGAUCAAGGUGGCUGAUCUUCCUGCUGAAAAGCUUGAAUACAACAUUCCCGGCACGAUCUAUGUUGCAUUUGAACGUGAAGAUGAGGGAGACUUCCCAGCAGUUAACUUUACAAACACAUUGAAGUUCGAGGUCAAGGAUUGCGACCCUACCACCGGUGAAGCUGAUCCUGAAGGAUACGACGAUGAAUAUCAGGUCGAGGAUGUUGAAGUUAUGACGAGCGAUUAUAUUCGACCUACCUACAUUUCCAAUUUUACCGAGGAAUGGGAACCACUGGCUGAAAGCGAGGCAUUAGACACAUUUGCAUUGGACAAAGACCGAGCACCAAGCCUAAAGGUUGCUUGUGCAUCCAUCAUUGAUUUGCUCGGUAUGCAAGCACUUGAAGAUAGUGCAUUGCCCAAGAGUGCCAGUGUCCAUACUCUAUUGCUUUCUGGUACGUUCUUAGGUGGUAUCAAGGUGCUUGCACGAUGCAGAAUGACAUUUAGCAAUGCGACUGGUGUUGCCUUUGAGCUGGCUGUGCGAAGUCAAGAUCCCAAUGUGGCGCAGAUUGUGCUUUCUGCUAUUGCUUAG